AUCACUACUUUAAGUCCAGUCAUAAAAAAAACAAUUGCAUAACUUAAAUGCAAAUAAUUGAUCCAUUUUUUUUCUAUUUUGAUUGCCGCAUGGGGCAAGAUAUCCAGAUACAUAACAUUUUUAGAAGGACGUGAAAAAAUUGAAAGAGUUAGAAAGUUAAAGAUAUGAAGCUCUAACGGUUACCUAUUACAUACUUUUGGUCGAAAUAAUAUACCCUUUUUACUCUCCAAGUAAUGGGUAUAAGAGGUAAAUAAAACCAAAACAAAUGGUAGCGCCAGCAAGCACUCUACAGAAUAACCCGAAUUCCGAUGAAGAUGAGGCCGUGCCGACGGCGCCCACUUCCAUGCUGGUGCUGGACGCCAAGCGGAAGAGCGCCUUCCUGCCGUACCGGCCCCAGUCCACCGUGCUGACCAACCUGCAGCGCGGCAACACGGAGGCCACUUUUUGUCCCGUCGAGGUUUCGCUAUCCUUCCACGAACGUGCCGGACAGGGUGAGAUUACCGAGGAGCAGGUGAUGGCGGAGAGGGCGCGCCAGCAGGACAUUGAUCAGAAGGACGGGAACGGCUUUACGGCCCUUCACUGGGCUGCCUCGUACGGCCAAUUGGUUUCCGUGCAGCUGCUCGUCGGUGCUGGUGCCAAUGUAAACAAUAUGGGAGCCACUGAUCUCGUCAGUCCUCUUCUCCUGGCUGCUGCCGGUGGGCACAACGAGAUCGUCCGCUUCAUGCUGGAGCACGGCGCGGAUUCGACCCACAUGGACAUUGUGGGAAAUACGGCGCUCAUGUACGCAGCGGCCGGAAAUCAUCCGCACACUUGCAACGAGCUGCUGGCCAGGGACUUGGAUCUGAGCGCCACCAACGAGGACGGAGAAACGGCCUAUUCCCUGGCUGUUGAGCAUGGCGCUCAUCUGGCCCAGGCACUCCUGGAGCAGUACAUGACAGCCAUUAUUACGGUGGGAGCGUUCGGUAGUAUUUGAAACUGAGGAGAUUUAAGGGAUAUUAGAUUUUCCAUAGGUAGAGCAGCUAUCAAACAAACUUGUUUUUACGUUUUUAAUAAAAGGUACUGUUCAAAUUAGGACUUAAAAAUUGUGGUUAAAACCAA